CCGGAAAAUGCGCAGGCGAGCCGUCGGUUGGUGAUUACGUCGCGUGCGAACGCGUCGACGCCAUACACGCGCACGAGGGGAAGAGAGGCUACCACGAUUAGCAUCGAGCUAAUCUGUGUUCAGCGCUUAAAACAUGGCGAAACGGAAAACACAGAAGUUUGCUGCGAUGAAGAGAAUGAUCAGUCUGAAAGAUACCAGAAUAAAAGAGAAAGACCGCGCUAAAGCAAAGGAGAAAAGGAAGAAAGAUCCCUCAAAGCUUAAGGAGAGAGAAGUGCUAAAGCACCCGUCAUGCCUGUUCUUCCAGUACAAUACUCAGCUUGGUCCACCAUACAACAUUCUAGUCGACACCAAUUUCAUCAACUUCUCCAUCAAGGCCAAACUGGACAUUGUUCAGUCUAUGAUGGACUGCCUGUAUGCAAAAUGUAUCCCUCAUAUCACAGACUGUGUGAUGGCUGAGAUUGAAAAGCUUGGAAUGAAGUACAGAGUCGCACUCAGGAUAGCCAAAGAUCCGAGGUUUGAGCGCCUGCCAUGCACACACAAGGGGACAUAUGCUGAUGACUGUUUAGUCCAAAGGGUAACACAGCACAAGUGUUACAUUCUGGCUACUGUGGACAGAGAUCUAAAGAGAAGGGUCAGGAAGAUCCCCGGGGUGCCCAUCAUGUACAUCUCAAACCACAGGUACAAUAUUGAACGGAUGCCUGACGACUAUGGAGCUCCAAGGUUUUAAUACUUCUCCAACUGAGCCAGACCUGUAUAUAGACUGAAGUUUCCUGUUUCUUUUCUUUUAUAUCUAUAUGAAAAAUAUUGUGAGGGUUUUGAAAUUUAAGGACAGGGAUGUGUUUGAUCUAACUGCAAAUUACUUUUGUUGUUCAUAUGAAACAUUUGGUUCCAAGAAUAAAUGAAUGGUUGCAAUG